GGCGGGCCUUGUUUCCGGCUUGAGAAAUCGUCGCGUUCCUGAGGCGACGCCUGAGCCGGCAGUUAGCCACCGCGCAAGCAGCCGCCCGGAGCGGUGGGUCUCGGCCCCGGCGUCACCAUGGGGGCCGUGUUAGGCGUCUUCUCCUUGGCCAGCUGGGUUCCAUGCCUCUGUAGUGGUGCAUCAUGUUUGCUAUGCAGCUGCUGUCCCAUCAGCAAGAAUUCCACUGUAACUCGGCUCAUCUAUGCUUUUAUUCUCAUCCUUGGCACUAUUGUGUCUUGUAUCAUGAUGACAGAUGGCAUACAAACUCAGCUAAAGAAGAUUCCUGGAUUCUGUGAAGGAGGAUUUCAAAUCAAGGUGCCUGAUAUAAAGGCAGAGAAAGAUUGUGAUGUGCUGGUCGGUUUUAAAGCUGUAUAUCGGAUCAACUUUGCUGUGGCCAUCUUUUUCUUUGCCUUCUGUUUGCUUAUGUUAAAAGUAAAAACAAGUAAAGAUCCCAGAGCAGCAAUACACAAUGGUUUUUGGUUCUUCAAAAUUGCUGCCAUUAUUGGUAUCAUGGUUGGAUCUUUCUACAUCCCUGGGGGCCAUUUUACUUCAGUCUGGUUUGUUGCUGGCAUGAUGGGGGCCACUUUCUUCAUCUUCAUCCAACUGGUGCUCUUGGUAGACAUGGCUCACUCUUGGAAUGAAUCAUGGGUAAAUCGAAUGGAAGAAGGAAACCCAAGGCUCUGGUAUGCUGCUUUGCUGUCUUUUACAAGCUUGUUUUAUAUCCUGUCAAUCAUCUUUGCCGUGUUGCUCUACAUCUUCUACACCAGACCAGAUGGCUGCACAGAAAAUAAGGUUUUCAUCAGCCUUAACCUGAUUUUUUGUGUUGCAGUUUCUAUUGUAUCCAUUCUCUCCAAAAUUCAGGAACAUCAGCCUCGUUCUGGCCUCCUGCAGUCCUCCAUCAUCACUCUGUACACCUUGUAUCUCACGUGGUCGGCCAUGACCAAUGAACCUGACCGUUCCUGCAACCCCUCUCUUAGGAGCAUCAUAACACAUUUAACCUCACCCACUGUGUCUCCAGCAAAUUCAACUACUCUUGCUCCUGCCUCUACUCCGUCAUCACAGAAUGGACACUCUAUGAAUUUGGAUGAUUUUGGGGGGUUGACUAUCUUUGUUAUCUGCCUUAUAUAUUCUAGCAUCCGUACUUCAAGCAAUAGCCAAGUUAACAAGCUGACCCUCUCUGGGAGUGACAGUGUUAUCCUUGGUGAUACCACCAAUGGAGCCAGCGAUGAAGAAGAUGGACAGCCUCGUCGGGCUGUGGAUAAUGAGAAGGAAGGGGUGCAGUAUAGCUACUCCUUCUUCCACUGGAUGCUCUGCUGUGCUUCCUUGUACAUCAUGAUGACCAUAACCAGCUGGUACAGUCCUGAUGCCAAGUUCCAGAAAGUAUCCAGCAAUUGGCUAGCUGUGUGGGUCAAAAUGGGCUCCAGCUGGGUGUGCCUCCUCCUGUACCUCUGGACUCUUGUGGCUCCACUCAUCCUCACAGGCCGGGACUUCAGCUGAGCUUCCAGUGCCAAGGACACUGCUAAAGCUGACAGUCUCCUUUGCUGAAGAUGCAGGUCCAUUCAACGUUUCAUCAACUAAACUAUUAAGUGAA